GUAAGCAUUAAGUGCCAUAGUGGUCAUAUAGAAGAGAGGAUUGGUUGUAUUAGUUUUGAGAGAAAAAGUUUGAUAAGUUUUAUAGAACAGUAAAACCAUGGGAACAAUAGAUGAUCCAAGUGACACAGAAGUUCUGGAAGAGUCCUUUCUCUCAUGGAUUGAUGUUUUGAUUUUAUUGUCUGUUCUUGGAAUAGCAGUCUAUUGGCUUUUUUUACGGAAGAAAAAAGAAUCGGGUGACAGCAACAACAUUAGAACAUUUUCCAUCGAGCCAGCGUUAUUGAGAGCAGUAUCAGAAACGGGCUUCAUCAGUAAAUUAAAGUCGUCGGGUAGGAAUAUAGUAAUAUUUUAUGGGUCUCAGACGGGUACAGCAGAAGAAUUUGCAGCUAGAAUUGCCAAGGACGCAGGUCGAUAUGGCAUGAAAGCCAUGGUAUCCGAUCCAGAAGAAUGUGAGAUGGAGGAAUUGACAAAACUUUCAGAAAUUGACCGGUCAUUAGCAGUAUUUUGUAUGGCUACUUAUGGAGAAGGAGAUCCUACGGAUAAUGCUCAAGAGUUCUAUCAGUGGCUUCAAGAGGGAGCUGCUGAACUCGCAGGUCUCCGUUAUGCUGUUUUUGGUCUUGGCAAUAAAACUUAUGAACAUUAUAAUGCCAUGGGGAUAUUUGUCGAUAAAAAACUGGAAGAAAUGGGAGCAACUAGAAUUUGUGAACCAGGAAUGGGUGAUGAUGAUGCCAACAUUGAAGAAGACUUUAUUACAUGGAAGGAUAAGUUUUGGGCAUCAGUUUGUGAGUACUUCAACAUCGAGAAAUCUGGUGAAGAUAUUAGCGUACGCCAAUACCAACUUAUCGUUCAUACUGAUCUUCCAGAAAAUAAAAUCUUUACGGGAGAAGUGGCUCGUUUGAAUUCCUUCAAAACUCAAAAGCCCCCCUUCGAUGCAAAGAACCCUUACCUGGCACCAGUCAAGAUCAACAGGGAACUGUACAAGGGCUCCAGAUCUUGUAUGCAUGUUGAAUUAAACAUAGCUAAUUCAAAAAUAAGGUAUGAAUCUGGAGACCAUGUUGCUGUUUAUCCAACAAAUAACCCUAAACUUGUGGAGCAGUUAGGAAAGUUGCUUAAUGUUGAUUUGGACACUGUUAUCUCCCUUAAAAACCUUGAUGAGGAUAGCAGCAAAAAGUAUCCUUUCCCUUGCCCCUGCAGUUACCGUACAGCUUUACUACAUUACAUCGACAUCACCAGCCCACCGCGUACGCACGUCUUAAAGGAAAUUGCAGAAUACACAACAGAUGAAGAAGAAAAACAAAAGUUAAAGUUAAUGGGCUCCUCUUCAGAAGAUGGAAAAAAUUUGUACCUGGAAUGGGUAGUCCAUAACUGUCGUAGUAUCAUCCAUAUUUUGGAGGACCUAUCGACGGCUAGACCACCACUUGAUCAUUUGUUGGAGUUGCUACCAAAACUCCAGGCUCGCUACUAUUCUAUUUCUUCUUCGCCAAAGAUGUAUCCAGACUCCAUCCACCUCACAGCAGUGUUAAUAGAAUAUGACACACCUACUGGAAGGAUAAACCACGGCGUUGCUACCAGUUGGUUAAAAACUAAGACGGUAGACAACGGUAACUGUCCAACUGUACCGAUUUAUGUUCGACGAUCCCAGUUUCGUCUUCCAAGUAAGCCUCAAACACCAGUGAUAAUGAUUGGUCCAGGUACAGGACUUGCUCCUUUCCGUGGUUUUAUUCAGGAGAGACAUUGCCAGAAGAAAGAAGACAAGCCUGUCGGAGAGAUGAUCCUGUACUUCGGGUGCAGGAAAAAAUCAGAGGACUUUAUGUAUGAAGAUGAGCUUCAGCAAUAUGUGGAAAGUGGAACUCUAACAAAGUACUAUCUGGCUUUCUCUCGAGACCAGCCACAGAAAGUCUACGUUACCCAUUUGUUACGUCAGAAUAAAGAAGAAGUGUGGGAUGUGAUUGGAGAGAAGAAUGGCCAUAUCUAUGUGUGUGGAGAUGCUCGUAACAUGGCUAGAGACGUGCACAAUAUAAUAUUGGAAGUGAUACAAGAAAAGGGUGGAAAAUCCAGACAAGAAGCAGAAGCCUAUUUAAAACGCAUGGAGUCCCAGCGUCGUUACUCUGCUGAUGUGUGGAGCUGAUUUGAAAUCAGUGUUGUGGAAAAAGUAUUUCAAAAAGCAGAACCUUGGUCUCGCUAAAGAAUACUCCAUAUAUUCCUUCAGCUAUACUAUUUAUAAAGUUAGUGCAGAAUCUGCACAACCUAAGAUACAUCACAUUAACGUACUAAUUCUCCAAGAGAACCGAUACUCCUGUUUUUCCAUAUGACAAAUAAAAAUUAUACUGUCAUUUCGCUCAUUCUUAACAGGCCUGUAACAAAACUGUGAAAACCAACAUAUCUGUGUAAAUGUAGGUUGUGAUACGUGUCCAUAAUUUUUAAUAAUGAUCUAUUGUGAAUUAGUCCUAGUAAACGGAUGAUUUUCAUUUCUUUAUAUAAGUACUUGAUAAAAUCCAAUAACCUAUUAGAGACUGAGUAAAAGUUACUUGUAUUUAUUAUUUUAGUUACAAAAUAAUUUUUGUCACUUAUAUUUUUAAUCAUCAAGAUGGUUUACAAAUGUUUUUAUGUGUGUGCUUUUUAAAUCGUUCCAGAAGACGCACACGGAGGGCCUUAAGUAACUGUAUAUUGAAUUGGUCUUGUCAUUUAUUAACUGGACUAAAAAAAAAAAAAUUUUUUUUAAUUACGUGUCAGUACUGAAGUAAUGAUUACUUAGGAUAAGUUGUAGUAGGGUCACUGUUGAAAUGUUGUUAAAUUUCUUAUUCAUAAAUAAAUUUUUUAAUUAUAUUUACGUUGUAGACUUGUUCUAUUGAGAAGAGUAAUUAGUAAUUAAAGUAAACCACAUUAUUGUUAAAUUUUUUAAAGAAAAAAAAAGCCUUUUAGUGGGGAUCAAAUAGUAUUUUGUAUAUGUUUACGAACUUCUUGAUAAUUGGAAGAUGUUCUUUGUUAGUGAAGUAUAAAAUUUUGGGAUAAGGUCUUGUUUCGGGUACUGAAACAAGUUUCAUCCAGCAAAGUAUCUUGCAGACGACGUAGAGAGCUUACGACUGGUGGAUGGAGUUAGUUGCACUAUUCAUAAUGACUUUUUAUCAAAGUGUUGUUUAAACAUAAUUUUUUUUCUCAUGAACAUUGUGCUACAAUAUUAAGUGUAAAAAAAAAAGCGACGUUUUUUUUGGCACAUUGAAUGUUAUUUAGUCAACUAGUUUCAGUAAUAGUUAGAUACUAGCCCUGAUGAUGGUAACUGUUACCGAAACUAGUUGACUGUAAUUGAUAAUAAAGAUCAUAUCUUGUGCAAGUGUUGAUUUUACUUAAGUCUCUUCCAAUGUAAUUUUUACAUUUACUUCAAGAGUGGUUCUAUGCAUUAUUUUAUUAUCAAAGUUACUUCAAAAUUGGUGAACUAACUUCUGUGUUUAGAAUGAUUGAUUGUUUUUAUAAAACAAAAAAA